UCGACAUGCGCCAGUCGAUACCGCCGCGCCAGCCGUACGGUCGUCCAAGUGCUCACCUCUUUUGCACGCCGAAGAAGUCAUCGCCGUCACGAGUGGUGGUGGGAACCCGCGCGGCGAAGAAAUUCAUGAAGCGACGGUGCGUUCGCGGCGCCUGCUUUGCGCACGAGAAAUGUGAACUUUCCAUUUCUUUUUGCGCCGCACGUUCCUCACGAAAUUACAGUGUUCAUAACAUUACAUUCGCGUAUAUCAUCCGCCUUUCAAGCAUCGAUAACGGCAAUUGACAAUCAUUGUCAUCAAAAUAUUUGCUAUUCAACUCCAGUCGGAUUAAUUUGAACAAAUUCGUCCGAAGGAUAUUUGAAAAUCGCUGACGAAGUUAAUUCGAUUUGACCUUUGGAGCAAUCAAACUAAUGAUCUAAUAUAAUUUGCGUGCGAAAUAAGCCAUUAUAUCAUAAUCGUGUACGCAACCAUCAAACUUUAAACAAUUAACAAUAAAAAGCUUCGAGUGCCCAAAAACGUAAACAAUAAAUUAAAAUGAUGUAAGAAUCAAAGCUAUAACCUCACUUAUAAACUAUUUUUGGUCGUGAUCAGUUCAACAAUACGUAAGUGAACUUAAAGUGCACAAAAAUGGGACUUAAGUUCGACAAGUGGAGUUUAUUGAAGAUUUUCGAAGUGGCGUUUGCGACUUCCUGCUUGAUUACGAAACGCGUCACCGAUGACGAGGCGCAGCGUCUCUUCUUGUAUCUGCAGAAGCUAUCACGCGAAUGGAGUCUCCUGAAUAAUGUCACCUGGGACCGCAUCGGAUCAGCUGUCGCGGACGCUACUUACGGUGGCUACGUGAUUAUUACCUCUGCAUUGUUAAUCGGACGAUUGAUCGGUGAAUUGCCGACUGAGAAGAGAGUGACGGAAAUGGUACUCCUGGGAUUGGGUGCUUUGCUAUUUGUUAUACUAGGAAGUCUGGAAUUCGCGGCGUUAGACUCGGUACCUCCAGACCUAAUCGAUAACGCCGCCAUUUUGGGUACCUUGUCGCUAACUACCGCAGCACUGUUCCUCUUGGACCUGGCUGGUCCCCGAGCGAAGAAACCUACGCUACAAACUCAACAAAGCAUCACACGUGCCUUAGAAGUCCACAAAAUGCAAAAGACCAGAGAACCAUUCAGUUUAGAACCGGAAUUUGCACGGAUAGAAAACAAGCUCAAUGGUAAAACUGAUAAACACAAAUUCGAUGUGUAUCCUCAUGUGGAACAUGACCAUGGUAAAGAUCACGUGGACAGUUUUGAGAAGGUUAAUACCAAAGUGGAGGAACAUUCGCCUGUUUGGAGCAAAAUUCAAAAAGGGCAAUAUGGCAAAUACAGCGACAUAGUUACUCCAAAUUACUUGUAUCCUCAACAUGCAAAGGAUUACAAAAAGGAUUACAAAAUGGAAGAACGUGAGCGUGAGCGAGAAAGGACGCCGAGUACUCCCGGUGAACCAGGAUACGUACAAUACACUGCCAAGCGCUGGGGGCAGCCCAUUAAUGGGCAUUCGAAAGGAGUUGGGCAGAUUCCAACCCAAGUAUAAAUUUAACAUUAACAUAUUUAUGGCAUCUUAGUAUACAAUCUUUUACGAAUUUUCUAUGUUUAUACUUCACUUUUUAUUUUAACUAUAGUUUAGUUUUAAAAAAUGUUUAUUUGUAUUGUGGGGAAUAAUUUGAAUGUAUGCAGUGAUUGAAAGCUGUAAAACGUGGUCGGAAACAAAUGAGAUAUAUUACAGUAUAUUACCAAUAAUCAAUUAAGUAAUAAAUUCAUGCCAAAAUUA